AUGACUUCUACAGUUAUUAUACCUGUUACUUCAAUACCAUACAUAUCUAGUAAUUUUUUAACUUCUACAGAUAUUAUUUCAAGUACAUUAAAAGAUGAAAAUGUUUCUACAACAUCAUUUCUUUCAACAACCUUACCAUCAACAGAUAUAAUAAAAUUAACUACAUUAUCCAUAUUUCCAGUGACAAAAAGUAAAAUUGCAAAUCCUUUUUUAAUUAAAUUAAACAGAACAACAUCACAAGUACCCCUCACAUCAUCUCCUUUAACAUCAACUUCUAACUCAACAUUAUCAUUAACUACAACAGAAAAAACAAUUGAAAAUAUUAUAGAAAUUCCUAUUUUUUCACUCAAACAAAUAUCUAAUUUAAUUUCAAAUAUUGAAACAAAUAUUACAAAUAUUAUUCAUAAUACUAAUUUAACAAAUAUUCAAGAUAUUAAUUCAUUUUUAGCAACUUUUAAUUCUCAAAUACAAAGUGUUUUUAUUAAUAGUUUAUUCAUUCUUAGAAAUGAUAUAAUUUUAAACAAUACCAUUUUUCAAUGA